AUGGCACAACCUGCCCCUGGGAUUCCUGAUCUCUGUCUAAGACAGCACAAGCUGCAGCCAAGUGAUACCAACUGGGAUUCCUAUGCUACCACCACGAAGACUGCAUUCACUCCUAAAACAACGGCAGUGGCUACUCCAAUACGUCAAAAAGGUAUGAGAAGAUUAGGAUAUACAUAUUCACUUAGCGAUCCUAUUCCCAAUCAGACUCACUACAAUGAUGAAUACAGCUGGAAGGCAUAUUCUAAAGAAGGUUUGAUCGCACCUGGGACUUCCAGAGGACUCAGGAGUAACAAAUCUCACCCCAAUCAAGGCUUUUUUCCGUGGACACUACCUCAAGGUCAGCAAACGACAGCAUUAAGGGACUGCCCCUCUUGGAGAAUCCCAUCUUCGAUGGUAGACGUUAAGAAAGCAAUAGCAAAUCAGUUUGCUUCCAUUACUAAGAGAGACUUUGUGGACAGAGCAGAAGCUCAGAAGAUUAAGAAUAGUUCUCUGUUGUCUACGGAAUGGAAAAAGUUGAUUCCUCGGCCUCUAAACACUGAAUUUCGACAGAAUUACCAAAUUCCAGCUAAAAUUCCUGAGCUUCAGAAUUCUAGUGUCAAAUAUGGCUGCUGCACGAGCUUGCCAGUUGCUUCUCAGGGUCUAGUCCCGUCUGUGCUGCACAGCUACAUGGGGAACCAGGAGCGCACCAAGAAGCAGACCAUGUACCAGAGCGAGUACGAGAGGGCACAGCAGGACUUCCUGACACUGCUGCACUCCUUCUCUCCCACCCAAAUCAAAGAGUAUCUUCAGAGUGUUCCCUACGAAGAAAGACAAAUUCUUAAUCACUUUAUUUAUUCCUACUGUGAUGCUGACAAAAUGAAGAAAAAGGAAAAAAGAAAAUAG